AUGGCAGACGUCGAUGCAAGCGCCGAGGCGCGGACGCCGCCCCUAAUGAACAAGAAGAAGAAGACGUGGGGCUAUGUGGAUUCAACGGCUGUCACUAUGCUUUCGCUUGUCGCCCUCUUUCCUCUCGAUAAGCUCAAGACGUACCAGCAGUGCAGUCCGGCCUUCACUACGCCGAUGGCAUUUUCACGCCUCGUGGCGUCGCGAGGCCUCUUUCGAGGGAUGAGUCCAGUGCUUGCAGCGACGCUGCCCGCGACGGUGCUGGGGUGCGCUGCCAUCAAAGCCGCCGACUUUGACAACAUGAAAGUCGAGAACGAAGACGGCACCGUCGACGCAAAUAUCAUGGCACGCAUCACGAGCCUUGCAGCAAUCACGGUGCUCGGCAACGAGAUCGUGAUGACACCCAUGGAGGUGGUCAAGCAGCGCAUGCAACUCGGCCACUAUGCCAGCGCCACCGACUGCAUGCGCUCGAUUCUCCGAGACGAGGGGCUCCGUGGCUUCUACCGCGGCCUCCCCACGUCCGUCGCCAUGAUGGCUCCGUUUGGCGUGAUGGGCAUGAUGGCAUGGAUGACGUGCUAUAUGUGCAUGCCAGAGGAAGCGCAAACGUCUCGUGGAGUGGAUGUCGUGACUGCCGGUAGCCUUGCCUUUGCGGGUGCACUCACGACACCGAUGGACGUCAUUCGCACGCGACUCCAGACGCAAUCGCUCUCGGUAGUACCCAUGGCGCAGCAGCCCUUCGCCCUUCAGUACAGAGGGUUCUGGGACGCUGCACGCCAGAUCUACAAAGCAGAAGGCGGCCGCGCGUUCUUUCGCGGUGUUCUGCCUCGUGUUUGCAUGUGUGCACCGUACGCCCUCCUCUCGGUUGCCAUUGGCGACGUCGUCGACAAGCUUCUCGGCAAGUCCGACGCGUCAUCGCCGUGA